AUGUCUAUCCCGGAACAAACCACUAUCCUAGUCAUUGGAGGCGGCCCAGCCGGUUCAUACGCUGCUUCUGUCCUGGCGCGCGAGGGACUCGAUACUGCCGUCUUGGAGGCAGAGGUAUUCCCAAGAUACCACAUAGGCGAGAGCAUGCUCCCUUCACUCCGCAACUUUCUCCGAUUCAUCGACCUAGAAGCAAAGUUCAAAGACCAAGGAUUCACCAGAAAGAAUGGAGCAAGUUUCAAACUCAAUGACUCCACGCCUGCCGCCUACACGGACUUUCUCGCCGUAGGCGGACCGGAAAACUACACGUGGAACGUGGUUCGCUCCGAGGCAGAUGAUCUCAUGUUCCGACACGCAGGAGAGAGCGGUGCACAGGUCUUCGAUGGAGUCAAAGUCACUUCUGUUAACUUUGAGCCAGACUCCGAGAGUGUUGACGAUGGGCCGGGACGCCCUGUCUCCGCAUCAUGGUCCCGGAAAGAUGGGAGCAACGGUAUCAUUCAGUUCAGGUACCUCAUUGAUGCGACUGGACGGGCUGGGCUGGUUAGCACCAAGUAUUUGAAGAACCGGGUCGUGAACAAUGCGCUGAAGGGAGUUGCUACGUGGGGGUAUUGGGAAGAUGUAGAAGUACCUGGGGCUGGGACGCCAAGGGAGAAUGACCCUUAUUUCGAAGCUAUCAGUGACGGCAGCGGCUGGACAUGGGCCAUCCCCCUACAAAACAACACAACCUCCGUCGGAGUAGUAAUGAGCCAAGACCUCUCAACAUCCAAGAAAAGAUCCAAAAGCCAAUCUAGUGUCGAACUCUACAAAGAAAGCCUCAAUAACACCCCCGGCAUCCAGGCCCUCCUCGCAAACGCCAAACUAGUCUCAGACCCCAAAUCCGCAUCCGACUGGUCCUACCGCGCCUCAUCUUACGCCAGCCCCUACCUCCGACUCGCCGGCGACGCAGGCUGCUUCAUCGACCCAUUCUUCUCCUCCGGCGUCCACCUGGCCCUGAACAGCGGUCUCUCCGCCGCCGUCACAAUCUGCGCCGCAGAAAGACACCACUGCUCCCAGACCGUCGCGGCAAACUGGCACUCCCAGAAGGUAUCAGAUGCCUACACCCGCUUCCUAAUGGUGAUCAGUGCCACCAGAAAGCAAAUCGCUAAUCAAAAUAAUCCCAUCCUAAAUGAUUUCCAAGAGGAUAGUUUUGAUCGAGCGUUUGCAAUUUUCCAACCCGUCAUCCAAGGCGCAGUCGACGUCCCCUCAGAAAAACUCUCCCAAGACCAAAUCGCUAAGAUCUUCGACUUCUGCAGCAGAACCGUGUACAUUACCCGACCGGGCGACACCGAUGCACUCGCUGCGGAACUGGGUAUUUCCCCAGAUAUAGUGAAUCGGUACCGAGCUAAGAUUAUGGAUAUGAAGAUGGAAUUUGAUAAAUCGGAUAUCUCGGAUUUUGAGAUGGGCGUGUUUAAUGGGUUGGCGCCGCGGAUGGAGCGGGGUGCUCUGGGGCUGGUUAGGGUUCAUUAAGAUUGGGGCAGAGUUCGGAUUUCAGUGGCACAUGGGGUGAUUUUU